CCCAGGACAGAGCUGGAGGGUCGCGGGUCGGGCAGGCGGCUUAGACGAGGGGCGCGGCAGCCGGCGCUGGACCCUCCUCCGUCUUAGACAUUGACAGAUAAUCCAGUCCUUUAGAGAACAGCACGGGGGACGGGCUCCUGCCGAAGAAGUCCCGACUGGGAGUGGAAUGUGGGACCGUGUGCAGGAGAAUCUGCUCCAGCACGUUCCUGCGUUUCCCUCCUUCGAUCAGGCCACCGAUGGAGAGGAGCAGCCCUGCCACGCACCUGCCGUUCGGUCACAUUGUGGCUAGUGAGAAAUGGCGGGGCUCCCAGCUGGCGCAGGAGAUGCAAGGGAAAAUGAAACUUGUGUUUGAGGACGGCUUGACACCGGUAGAUUUUUACUUGUCCAGCAGAUCUUGUAUUCUUUAUAUCACCGAAGCUGAUUUGGUGGCAGGAAAUGGCUACAGAAAGAGGCUUGUUCGGGUUAGAAAUUCUACUACUCUUCAAGGGAUUGUAGUAGUUGAAAAAACUCAAAUGAGUGAACAGUACUUCCCAGCCAUACAGAAGUUUACUGUGUUGGACCUAGGGAUGGUCUUGCUUCCAGUGGCCAGCCAGAGAGAGGCAUCCUGCCUCAUUCUGCAGCUAGUUCAAGAGCAAACCAAAGAGCCCAGUAAAAACCCUUUUCUCACCAAGAAAAGGGCUCAGGUUUCUGAAUCCUGCCUUCUUAGAACCGUGCAGCAGAUCCCAGGGGUUGGAAAAACGAAAGCGCCCCUUCUGCUUCAGAAGUUUCCAAGUCUCCAGCAACUCAGUAAUGCUUCCAUCCAACAACUGGAGCCAGUGGUGGGACCCCAAGCAGCACUCCAAAUUCACUCCUUCUUCACUCAGUCCAGCUGACUCUUCUCACAGCCUUGGCUUG